UUUCUUCCUUCGCUCGCCACUUCUCGGAGAGUCUCUCUCUCGCUCUGCUCUCGCGCGCGCGGAAAACGCCUUGAGCGUCGCUCAAAGCUAGAAGAAUCGCCAGCCAGCCAGCCAGCCAGCCAGCCAGCCAACCAACCGGCGUUUCGGUUGCAGUCCAAUGAAGCUCGCGCAAUGGCGGUGAUCGCCACGAGGAUGAAGCUCUCGCGAUUCCUCCGCGCCGCCCUCGCCGGCAGCGGAUCUCGGUCGCCAUUCCCGCGGCGCGCACCUCCUCCUCCUCCUCCUCCGAAUGGGCUCGCGUCUCGGUCGGAUUCGGCGCGGAGCGCCUCCGGUCUGGCCGCCGCUGCGGUCGCGCCGAGCGAGCCGGAGAUGGUCGGCUCGAGGAGUCUGGGGAUGGAGAUCUUCGGGGUGAAGGAGUACGAGGACUACCGGAGGUCCUUGUACGGCGGGAUCACUCACAAGGCUCUCUUGGUGGACGCCGUCGGCACGCUCGUCGUUCCUUCUCAGCCCAUGGCUCAGAUAUAUAGGGAGAUAGGGGAGAAGUAUGGGGUGGAGUACUCGGAGGACGAGAUAUUGAACAGAUAUAGAAAGGCUUACGAGCAGCCUUGGGGCAGAUCUCGUCUGAGAUAUGUCAAUGAUGGCAGACCCUUCUGGCAAUAUAUUGUUAGUUCUUCCACUGGCUGCUCGGAUUCUCAGUACUUUGAGGAGCUUUACAAUUACUAUAUGACCGAUAAGGCUUGGCACCUGUGUGAUCCUAAUGCUGAGAAAGUCUUUGAAGCUCUGAGAAAAGCCGGGGUAAAAUUGGCUGUUGUUUCAAACUUUGACACUCGUUUAAGACCUGUCUUGCGGGCUUUGAAUUGUGAUCAUUGGUUUGAUGCUAUGGCUGUUUCAGCUGAAGUUGCAGCAGAGAAACCAAAUCCUACUAUUUUUCUGAAAGCAUGUGAGUUGUUGGGGGUAACCCCUGAAGAUGCAGUACAUGUGGGGGAUGAUCGUAGAAAUGAUAUAUGGGGUGCCAGAGAUGCUGGUUGUGAUGCUUGGCUCUGGGGAAGCGAUGUUCAUUCCUUUAAGGAGGUUGCUCAUAGGAUAGGGGUCCAGGUUUGAGGUUCUCUCACCAAGCAACUUAGGAGCAGAGCUUUUUUUUCUUUUCUUUUUUUCCGCUUUCUUUUGUACAGUUCGUCUACUCUGUAAAGGCCACGUUCCGCUCGGCUUUAUUCUGCGGACAGAGUCGAAGAGACUGGGAAUGUAAAGGAAAAGAAAAGCUGAAUAAUACCAGCCUGACCGUGUUUGUCUCACUUUUGGAUAUUCGAACAUCAACAUUUCUACUCAGGAAAUUCAAUUUUAAAAGCAACUAUCCGCUGUACGCA